AUGAAUAAUUACGGCGGAGGUUCUCACGACGAUGAUAUCCUGUAUGUUGGUAAUGGAACAAUCAGCGACCACGUGCACACAGCUGUGGAGAUAAAUUCAGGGAUGAUAAACAUGCGCAUUGACUGCAACGCAUCACCAUGGGCCAUGUGUGAAGAUAAACAGCAUGUGAGCAUCAAAUGUGCUGCAAACAGUGCUGGCAUUCAGCGAGCCGCCCUGGCCACGUGCUGUCCAGACGCCGCGCGCGCAUGUGCCAGACAUUUGCUAACGAUCUGCUUAAGCUGCCUUUGA